AUGCGAGCAUUUAACCCGCUGCUAUGUCGGUCCCUCGUUAGACAUCGAGCGUUCAACAAGACUGCAGCAAGUCUAUGUCGCUUUUCGACCUCGUCAAAUCUCCAGCAGCAAGCAGCGCGCGACCAAAUCGAUGGGCAGGACACAGCUCGUCGUAUCGAGCCACUUGGCCUAGCUCGCAUCAUACAAUCACACAUCAAGGCGCAUGGACCAAUGACGCUGCCACGAUAUAUCGCGUUCUGCCUCUCACAUCCGACGCUCGGCUAUUACACUCGACUACGGCAAGCUGAAACGAGCGCUGUCAUUGGUCGGAAGGGCGACUUCGUAACCAGCCCCGAGAUUUCGCAGAUAUUCGGAGAGCUCAUCGCGGUCUGGCUGCUCAAUCAAUGGCAGACACAAGGUUCGCCUGCACGAACUAGACUCGUCGAGCUCGGACCCGGAACAGGGACACUGAUGCAAGACAUCCUCAGGACUUUCAGCAGCAUCAAGACCUUUGCUUCAACGCUCGAAGAAGUCCAUCUCGUCGAAACAUCCCAAUACAUGAUCGGUCUACAGCGGGAGAAGCUACAGCAGCUUAUCGAGGCGCUUGGUGUCAAGCUACACUGGCACGACAGGCUCGACGGCAUUGCGCCGGAUCCACAAGUCUUCACAAUGGCAAUCGCGCACGAAUUUUUUGAUGCCUUGCCGGUAAUGCUUUUUGAGAAGCUUGAAGAUGGCCUGCGGGAGGUCUAUGUCGACUUUACAGACAAAGAGGAGGCUUCAGCAACCUUUCACCUGGCGCUGUCGCCGUCGCCGACGUUCACGUCGACGAUGUACAGCACGCAGGAGCGGUUUGCUAAGCUACCGACGGGUACCCGUAUCGAACUCUGUCCGGACGCGUUACUUAUCGCCGCCCAGCUAGCGAAACUCGUUUCCGCGCAUCCGACCGAUACGGCGCCGACGCCGCUGAUCGAGGCCAAACUCAAGGCAGGCGGCGCAGCCCUCAUCAUCGAUUAUGGUGACGACCACUAUUUCAGCGAUUCUCUUCGAGGCUUUCGCAAGCAUGAAGUCGUUGACUGCUUUACCGAUCCCGGCAACACCGAUCUGACAGCCAACGUUGACUUUUCAUGGAUCAGAGAGUCCAUUCAGCCGUAUGCAACGUGCUCGCGUACACAAACACAACGGUCGUUCCUGCUCGCGCUCGGCCUGGGCUUAAGACUCGAGCGCUUACUUCAGACUGCGACAGAUGACCGAGCAGAACAGAUGAUUGCCUCGGCAGAAAGACUCGUCGACACGUCUGGCAUGGGCAAGCAGUACAAGGUUGUCGCGAUUACAUCGAAGCAGAACGCAGAAGAGCCCUUCCCAUUUUCGCUGGGCGAAGUGGAGACACAUUAG